AAUCCUGACAUUAUCGCGAUAAACUGACUGCUAUGCAGUUCAGUUGCAGGGGCCUGACGCUGGAAUGCGAAACUACAAGUUAUUUCGCCGAAACAAACAAACUGAAAAAUAUCUCCCCGUGGUUUCCGAAACAUCGAAGCGUCCCUCUGUAGACAGCUAUGGUUUUAAACGUAACAGAGACUUUUAACCAAUGCCUCUGCUUCUUCAGGGGAUGAGACGACGCAUGCACCUUUGGGCCCUUUGACUCUCUCUGUGGGUUCAGGAUGGCGCAGGGAGGCUCUCAAGUAGACUACCACAUCCUGCAAGACCUCAAGCAGCGAUUCCCAGAGAUCCCAGAGGGAGUAGUUUCUCAGUUCCUUCUACAGAACAACAAUAAUCUGGAUGUUUGCUGCCACCUGCUGUCCCAGGAGAGUAACAGAUAUCUCUAUGGUGACUUCCAUCACAGUCCGGAGGAGAUGCGAAUGAGUCGAAACCACAUGCUACACAUUAGCUUGGGCUAUCCAGGUUCAGAGGCUGGAAAAUCAAACGGAGGAGGAGCGGGAGUGGGGCGCUCCUUGGUGCACAGCACCAGCGACGGUCACAUCGACCCUCAGCGGCCGAGCUACCCUGAACCCCUGUCGGCUCCCGCCACCAUGGCGCCCUCCCCGAGUUACAAUCCUUUUUUUAUGAACGAUCAGAGUCGCUCAUCCAGCACGCCCACGCCUCCUCCCACAAUGCAAGGCAUGUCCCCCACAUAUACUCCAGUUCCACGAUAUCCUAUGAACCCUAUUUCUGUCACUCUUCCACAAACUAUACCUACAGUCCAUCAGGCUCUGCAGAUUCCUCCAGGGCACUAUGUUAACAGCACCAAUAGCACCCUGUACAUUCGGCCCUCCCCCUCUCAGAGCCCACAGCCAGCUCCCUGGCCGUCCCCUGGAGCCCCCGUCUACCAGCAUCAGCAGUCACCAUACAGUACCCCUACAUAUGGCUCCCCUUACAGCUCACCUCAACAUCAGGUCCAGCCACAACCACAGCCUCAACCUGGGCACCAGCAAUACGUCUUCCUCCCCAUUAGCCCCCCAAACCUCACAAAUAUGCCCUACCAUCACCAGCAGCAACCUCCGGCACAGUACAGGCCCUACCAACCGAAAACCGCUCUCACAAAACAGAUAGAAAUCGCCCUGGAAGGACAAAGACCUCGCAGCAACUCGCCUGUUCACACCCCACACUCCCAGGGCUCGCUUUACAUGGCAACAAGCCCCUCACCUAGCUCCCCGUCGCGGCCCAUCACGAUCGGCGGACCCCCUGGACCAGCGACUUUCCACCCGGGAAUGUACUUGCAGCACCAAGGCAACACAAGGCCUCGGCAGGCGUCCUCCCCCCAGCCAGGCCAGUCUGCCUAUACCUUUAAAAUUAAAGUGUCCCCUGGAGGCCAGGUGCAAAGACCACCCAGCUCACCACCUGUCGCUGAAGCUGAGUCUCUUCUCAACAUUGUAGAUCAGGGUGCGCACAGCGCCACCCCAGCACCCAUCCUGCCCAUCUCCGCCCUGCCAGGGAACAUCGCCAGUCAGUUUCAGCAAUUACCCCGACGCUCAAGCUCAGCCUCUGAUGACUAUGCCUACACACAAGCUCUUCUGCUCCACCAGCGGGCGCGGAUGGAGCGUCUGGAAAAAGAGCUGCACAUGGAGACGCAGAAACUAGACCAGUUGAAGACUGAUGUCAAUAACAUGGAGUACGACGCCCUCCAAAGGCGUUUUCGACGGGUCAACUCCACACAUCUUGUUCCCAGACCGGAGGAGAUUACCCGACUUCGAACUCACAACAGACAACUGCAGAUUGAUAUUGACUGCACACUGAAGGAAACAGAUCUGCUGCAGUCCAGAGAUGCAGUGUUUAAAUGGCUGGUUGCUCUGUAGCAGAAAACAAGCUGAUCCAUAACCGACCCCCCACCCUGUCAAUGCUCAAUUUGGUUGAUACAAAACUCCUGUUGAUCCUAACUGAUAGAAGCAAUACCUUUUGUGUGAUGAGUAGAAAAUUACUUUCAAUUUCUUGUCUAUUUAUGUAGCAUGUUACACUAAAAAUAUCCUGUUGCUACUCAGUCAUCAGAUUAACCUUUAUUUUACCGCUGCUAAAGUUUUAUUUCUGUUAUUUGGUUUAUUUAGUAGUUGCACUUUAAAUUUAGAUAAAAUCUAUAAAAUGAUUUAUGGUUUAACCUCACUCUGAACACAAUUUCAUCAUAGUUGUUAAUGUGAUGCAGUACAUCACCUCACACAAAUAUUCAGACCCAUUUAUUCACAUUUUGUCACAUUCAACCAAAGGUUUGAUGAGUCCUGAAAUCAGGGUUUCCCUCAGUGUAUUAUAAGCCUGGUGGGCCACCAGGCUUUACUUGUUCCCCCACCAGGCUAUGCAUUGUUUAUUUUUUUAAGUUUUUAAAUAUUAGCAUUUUUUUAAGACUUUAUAGUUGGUGUUUAGGUAUUAAUAUUCCAAUUUUUUCAAUCACACAUAAUUAUCAAGUGAUAUUUUCAAAUUUCCUAUUAAUUUUACAUGUUUUAUUUAACUCAAAAAUACGACAAGCCGCUGGAUGAAUGACUGCCUUAACACCCAACCCCCAGGCUUUGCAAGUUUUCUGCGGGAAAGCUUGCUAAAUGUAAAACCAAAACUAUGAUGGAAUGGUUUAGAUUGAGGCACAUUCAUGUUAAAAUGCCUUAGUCAGAGUUUAUACGUAAAACCAGUGGAGAAUCUGUGGAAUGUGUUUUUUACAGUAAACAUAAAAUCUGACUGAACUUGAAUUAUUUUACAAAGUAGAGGGUAAUGUGGUUUCCUGGUUUGCAAGCCUGGAAGAGAGAUUUUCAAACGACCUGCAGCUCCAAAUGCAUUGAAAAGUGACUAUUCAAAGCAUUGAUUGAAGGGGAGUUAUUUAAAAUAAACUUCAUUUAAAAUAA